GUCGCCGAAGGGCUUCCCCCACGCCCUGGGAACCGGAAGUGAGAGGGACUCGCCCCUCCGUGACAGCAGACCCUGUCUCUUGGAGGGAGGAUGUGAUUGGAAGAGGUGGAGGCUCAGGAAGAGGAAGAAGAGGAGGAGGAGGAGGAAGAAGAAGGGUUGGAGAGGUUGGUAAUGCGAAGAGUUGAAAAUGGCUUCAAGAGGGACAAUUGAAACCAGCAAGUUGAAACAGAACUUGGAAGAGCAGCUGGACCGAUUGAUGCAGCAACUGCAAGAUCUGGAGGAGUGCCGAGAGGAACUAGACACAGAUGAAUAUGAAGAAACCAAGAAGGAAACCCUCGAACAGCUGAGUGAGUUCAAUGAUUCCUUGAAGAAGAUUAUGUCCGGAAACAUGACCCUGGUGGAUGAACUUAGUGGGAUGCAGUUGGCCAUACAAGCGGCCAUCAGUCAGGCUUUCAAAACCCCAGAAGUCAUCCGCAUGUUUGCCAAAAAACAGCCUGGACAGUUGAGAACUAGAUUGGGCGAGAUGGACAGAGAUUUGAUUGUUGGAAAGCUAGGGCGGGACCUUUACACCCUGCAGAAAGUGGAAAUCCUCACCGCACUCCGCAAGCUUGGGGAGAAGCUGACGCCCGAUGAUGAGACCUUCCUUUCAACAAAUGCUGGAGCUGCUCUAAGCCAGUUUGAGAAGGUCUCCAAUGACCUUGGGUCAGGGGACAAGGUCUUCGCCCUGGCAAGUUUCGAGGUAGAAAAAUCCAAGCAAUGAAGGCUUUGUUUUUCCAUUUUGUGGGCAACUUCUGCCUGUCUACGUUGGCCUCUCAUUUUUUUGAAAAAAAAUGUUGUAUUUGUUGUAUUCUUACAGACUUUUUUUUGUAACGCUCUUUCUCUUAACAGCAAGGUAACCGAAAGCAAAAAAAUUAAAUAAAAAUUAAGUACACUUCAGGAACUCAACAAAGUAAAGGUCUGAAGCUUGAAACACUAAGUGGUAUUCUUCAACAAAGGAAAACAAACCUAAUUGUGACUGUCAUUUUUGUAAAACAUGGGCAAUUGCGUACGAUUCUCCUUUCUCUCUUUGUCUUUGAAAUGUGCAAUUUUUUUUUGUAGUAAAAUGUUCUCUCUUUCUUUA